CUGAAAAGCUCCGAGCUAUUUGUUUAUGAAUCGCUUUAAUUAGAGCAGUUGACAAAUUCGAGGGUUUGAAUGUUCAUUUUCUUUUGUAGAAAAUUAAUCUAUAGAUUUCAUGAAGAUAUCGAUGUGUCACGGGAAAUAUGGGAUCCGAAAUUGGGGAAUUAAAGAAUCCAGUUAUAUUAGAACUAUCUAAACAUCUGAAAACUGACUCUAAGAGUGGAAUUCUUUCGUGCUUAGAACGUAUCAAGGAUGAUCCCAAGUGCUCAAAACAGUUUUUUAAGGACGGGGGUCUGGGCCUCUUGAUAAAGUUAUUUUCCUACCAGAAGUUCAAGAUACUCAAUUUAUUACUGAGUAUCCUGGCUAAUGCAUGCUUGGUUUCACAUAUAAGACAAGAGGUUCAAGGGACAAAAAUAGCCAUACAUGCAGUAUCCAUACUUAAGAAUAUUAAACUUGGUAACAUAUUGAGAUGCCGUGCCUGCAGACUGAUUGGAAAUUUAUCUGAAUGCAGCUGUCAUGCAACAACUUUAUGCGAAGCUGGUGUUGUUAAAGUUCUUUCAAACGUAUUGAAAUCAUCAUCUAAUAUUCCACUUAGUCUGAUGGCAAUCAGAGCAGUAAGGAACAUUUGGAUCUCGCUUGAAAGUAGCCAAGAAGAGAUUUUAGAAUCAGGUGCCAUAAGACACAUCACCGCCACAUUCAUUCAAGCUGUGGAGGAGUCGAUACAAAACAGUUCUAAGCACAGAGAAUUGGUAGAAGUAUGUCUAAAAGCAAUGUGUGCAUUAUUAGGAGGCCUAGAUCCGCGUUCUGGCGAUCACAUGCGUGGAGAAAAUGAUGUCCAGGGUUACAGAUACAUUAUUGACUGUUGCAUGGAAAAAAAUAAAAAGGCCAUUAAGUGCCUGCAUAGUCUUUGUCAAAUAGCAGAGUGUCGUCCUAUCCUAGGUAGCGUGGGAGCAGUAGAAUGUGUAAUAGAUCUAACAAUGAAAAAUUCACCAUCCUGGGAAGUUCUGGUGAGCUUGUGUCUAUUCUCCAGAGAAGCUGUGAAUCGUGCGAAAAUUCGUUCUGGUUCAGGGCUUGACGUGAUGUUAGCACUUCUCAAGAAAGAUGAGUGCGAGAAGUAUCACCCAAUGCUCUUGCAUGCUCUUGCUCAAUUUGUCUACGAUGACCAGAGUAUUUUUAUAAUGGUGAAAAAUGGACUGUUGGAUGUACUAGUCAAAAAACUGAAGCAAAUGAUUUUGGAAAUACCCAAAGAAUCAGAGGAAAGAACAGCAUCCAAGAAACGCCCUGGGGACACUUCCACAGGUAGAGCAGAUUUAAAGUACAACAGAACAAAUUAUGGCAGAUUCAGUUUGGAUUAUCGUCGAGAUGAUUGGAGUCCCGGCAGUGCUGCUAGCAUUUGUUCUUCACCCCCAAGUACUCCGCCAUUACCUUUCUACGAAAACGAGGUGGAUGACAAUGCGGAGGACAAUUACAGUCCCGUCUGUAGUGACAAUGAAUGGGCAGAUAAUGAAGAAGAGCCACAGGAGGAAGUGGAAUCUUUAAAAAGUUCAUCAUCAUUGAUUGCGGAUAUGGAAGAAACACAGGAGACGGGAAAGGGUCUAAAGGUCAUUGCGAACGAACACGUUAAUGCCUGGACAUUAACAUUACUGAGUAGAUUGAGUCAUCAUGACGAGCCAAUAGAAAAAUUGGGUGAUCCAUCUACAAUAGAACCACUGACAACUUAUAUAAGGAUGUCAAAGAGUCCACGGGCCUCAAGAAUCCUCACCAGAAUCGUAAGAAAUAGAACGUAUCUAAUACCUCUUUUGAAGCAGGGCUUCGUUUUCGAAGCUCAAACACUCUACGGUUCGGAACAAUAUACAAGACAACUUUGUGCCUUGGCGGAAACUGGUGGCGCCCUCGGAGAAUUUGCUUCGAUUUUAGUACGAGGUCAAGAAUCACAUCGAUUCAUGGUAGCCGUCUCGAUUCCGUUUCUGAUAAAAUCAAGGGACGGCUUGCGAAAUCUUCUUAACAAUCAUGGAGGUCUAUCAUUGAUAUUUCGUGUCCUGGCUGACCGGGAACAUUCCUUGCAUGAGAACGCCAUCUGCUCUAUAUCCUGUUUAGCCAAUUCGUUGGAGAUACGACCGGAUAGCGUCGAUAGGAGUCAAUGGGCUUCUGAUCUAGUUAGUUCAACUGCUAUAAGUUGCUCCGAAUCAUUCGAUGGACGUCUUCUAAAACCUUCAACAGUCACCUUCGAACUCGACGACGGAAGUACUGUUGAUGCCUGCAGAAACUUCCUCUGUCAGAAGUCUGACUUCUUCUCGGCUAUGCUCCAGGGUAGUUUUUCGGAAUCGGGCAAGAAGAGGGUUAAGCUGAAGAACACGUCAAAGGAUGGAUUGGAUACGUUACUCCUUGCGGCUAGGGGUGACGUUUUUGAUAAUAGGACAAUCGAGUCGCUUCUCGAUGCUGUGUUACUAGCUGAUAAGUUCCUCAUGUUCGACGUCUCAAAAAACCUGACGGAGUUCUCUGUUACCAGAUUAAAUUUUGAGAAUUUCAGUCGUGCCUGGAACUGGGCCAGGAACAAUGAGUGCUACGAGUUGAAAACUUGCUGUGUCAAGAUUUUCCUCACUGCAAAAAUUUCAAGGGCCGAGAGGGUCCAAGCAUUUUAUGAUUUCUCAAGGAGUGACGGUUUCACGGAAUUUCUUGGUGAAAUCAAGGAUAUCGUCAGUGGGGUACUUUGUCAACGUUAGGGUUUAUUCAUAACAUAUUUAUACGCUUUCAAUGUUAUCUUUAAUGUUUCGAUUUCAUUGUAUGUACAUAACACGUAGGUUAUUGUCCCUCAGAUAAUGGUUCUUGAUUGCAUAAUAGCACUGUAAAUGCAUAAGAUUUCCAAUUAAAUACUUUAAUCGAGUCAAGGAUGAAA